AUGCUGCAGAACCCGCUCGAGCGCAUUCGCCUCCAGCGCGCCAAGAAGGUGCUCGACAUGCAGCAAGACCAAUUGCGGUCGCAAAUGCGCAUGGAAGGCGAGCACAAGCGAUCGCACGACCCGUACCAGCAGGUGGCGGCGUCACCGCGGGCGUCGUCGUCGUCCUGGGUCCGGCUGCCACCUGCCACGUACAAGGGCGUCCCGAUCGCGUCGUACCCCAAGACGCGCGAGUUCUGGGUCACCGUCGACUUUACCAAGCUCUCUACGCGCCAGCUCCGCGCGGCCGCGGACCUCCUCGGCGUCGACUUGGACGGAAAGAAGGUCGCACUUGUCGCUCGGCUUCAAGAUUGGGUCAACGCGGCUGCGAUCGAAGCCCGGCGAAAGCAGCUCGAGAAGGAAGCCCGGAAGCGCGAGCGUCUCGAAGUGUCGGGCGGCGUGUUUGGCUGUGGCAACAACUUUGCAGGCCAGCUCGGCCUUGGGCAUCGGGACGCCAUGGCGAGUCCGACCGAAAUCAUGGCGUUCAAAGGGCGGCAAAUCGUCCAAGUGUUUACGGGAUUUGAUGCGGACUUUGCCUACGCGCUCUCGGCCGACGGGGAAGUGUACGGCUGGGGUGGCAAUGGCGUCGCGCCGAUUGGGCACCUGCCGCUCGAGGUGCACGACGUCAACCAAGAAGGCGACCACGGCUCACAAAGCGAUACCUUUCUUCUCCCCCGGGUCGUCCGGAGCCUUCGCGUUGAGGAGGUGGUGAGCAUCUCCUGCUCGCGCGCAUCGGGCCACGUCGUUGCGCUCAACUCGUCCGGGCAGUGCUUUGGAUGGGGCAAAAACGAUUUUGGCGAACUCGGCCUUGGCCACGUGCGCGCGCCCGAGGCGCCGGGGCCGCAGUUGCUCGAAAACUUGCGCAACAUGGUGGUCACGAGUGUCGGUGUCGGUCACUGCCACACGGUCGUCAGCACGAACGGCGGCCACGUGUACGCCUUUGGCGCCGCCUGGGGAGGCCAGCUGGGCGUCGGCAGUACCAAGCGGGAAGGCAUCAAGGACCAGCACCUCCAAGUGUGUUUUCCGUCACCGACGCUCGUGUCCUUUCCGGUGCCGGUCAAAGUGUCGUCCGUGGCAUGCGGCGCCGUCCACACGGGGGUCGUCACGACGGCCGGCCAUCUAUAUACGUUUGGUUGCGGCGACGGCGGCCGUCUCGGUCUCCAGACGACCGGUGACGUCAUUGCACCGACGCUCGUGACAUCGCUCGAAGCCGACUUUGUCUUGCGCGUCACCUGCGGGAACUGGCACACGCUCUGCAUUGCAGCUCCGCGCACGAAAGCAGCGUCCUCCACCUCACUGCGACACGCCGGCGGGUGGGUCUACGCGUUCGGGACAGGUCUGCACGGUCAGCUCGGUCUCGGCAAACAGAAACAAGCUUUGCUCCCCAGUACAUCGUUCGAGUCCGUGGAUCCUGCUUGAUCUGCUGCGUAGCUCGUGUGCCAGAGCUGCAGCGUCGAAAGGUCAAGUGCGUCGAUGUCCAUGUCUCGGCGUACCACUCGGUCGCGCUCGGUGCCGACGGCUCGGUCUUUACAUGGGGCCGAAAUACAUCCGGGUGCCUCGGUCGCCCGACACCCAACGAGAUUGCACCCGACCCCGACGUCAUCGCCGCCGUCAAGACAUGGGGCUACGGCCCCGUGGCCUCGAUUGCUUGUGGCUGCCGCUUCACGCUCCUACUGGCGUCGCCGUGGCCAGGCAUCAAGAAGGAAGCCUUCCACGACGUGCUGACAAUGAAUGCGCGCCGCAAAGUCACCGACGGCGCGCCCGAAGCCCCGCGUUUGGACGACGACGACGACGAGGGAUAACCGUGCCAACGUACAUAAGUAUUGUUUGAGUGGGUGGACGUGUAUGCAAGCAGUGAAC